UGUGCGUUCAGCGUGUCUGUAGUGGGCGGAAGUUGAGAGCUGGAACCGGAAGUUCGCCGGUAGAUGUAGCACGUGUAUGUUGUACAGAGAAACAACAGUUGUUCAGAAUUAAGUAUUAAAGUUUCUGUCUUUAUUUGACGGUUGUAAAGAUGACCAAGGCAAAGAAAGAGAAGAGUGCUGCUGAGGAGGAGGCUGGAGGGACGGAGAGAUCCUACCAGGAGCUGCUAGCUAACAUCAACCCCAUCGCUAACCCUCUGGCCUCGCGCAAGCUAAGCAAGAAGCUGUACAAAUGCGUCAAGAAGGCGGCCAAGCACAAACAGAUUCGCCGAGGAGUCAAAGAAGUACAAAAAUUCAUCAACAAAGGAGAAAAGGGGAUUGUGGUACUUGCCGGAGAUACGCUUCCAAUCGAAGUGUACUGCCACUUACCAGUCAUGUGCGAGGACAAAAAUCUGCCCUACGCUUACAUUCCAUCAAAAGUGGACUUAGGAUCUUCAGCUGGUUCAAAAAGGCCCACUUGUGUGAUCAUGAUCAAACCACAUGAAGAAUACAAAGAGGCUUACGAUGAGUGUCUGGAAGAAGUCUCUGCCCUGCCCAAACCUUUAUGAGUGCCUUCAGCACUGCUGUGCUUGUGCUGUGUGAACAUGCAUACUGUAUAUGACUUAGAAAUGAAGUCAUUAUUGAGUUGGUGGGUUGUUUAGAAGUUGUACCACCUAAUUCACUUCUUCAGUGCUUCCUGGACUACUGAAGGUUGGUGAUUUGGACUGCAACAUCAGGACUUCUGAUAUAAACAGCAGAGAUAGUGACCAGUUGAUUUUAUAUUUUUGAUUGAAACAUGGGCUUUAUUUCUGUUUAACCUGUGCUCUCGUAUAAAGAGUGUUCAUUUUGUCAGUUUUUUUUUCAGCUUUUUGUUUUGUAUUAUUGCUUUUAGUUGUAAGAUUAUCUUAAUAUUUUGAUAAGAUGACAUGUUUGUUGGGCCUGAUGUCUUUUGAGAACAUACACUGUAGGAAAGUCUUUAAAUCAGUGCUUGUAAAACUAUAAAAAUGCCUGUAUAUUUUCCCUAAUACACAUGAAUAAACUUAAACUCUGGUGCAAAAAAAAAAGAUAUGGCCCAAGGUUAUGCCACAGAAGUGUUCAUUCAAGUUAGAGCCCACUUCAUGUCAAUACAUCUAGCACAGCUUCUUGACAGGCUGUCUAUCAUCUGCAUGAGGCUAUUAAAACUGAAUGUAACAACACUACCACAUCCAUGUGUAAAAAGCCUUCAUUAUUUGUAAAAGGAAAAGAUAUUAAACUCUAUUAACUUA